UCACAGCACGCAAUUCGCCCAUUCUGCGUGUGCUCUAGCUUUUGUGGGGUGUAUUUCAACAGACGACUCGUGAACCAGAAGACGUGGACUUGAAUUCAACCCGAUUCUCGGCCUAGAAAUGAGAAAAGAUGACCACACAACGGAACCCUGCCAUCCAUCUGAUUGCUGGAGGAGCUGGUGGAACUGCCGGUGCAAUUCUGACAUGCCCUCUAGAAGUAGUCAAAACACGGCUACAGUCGUCAGUAUAUACGUUCCCAUCUUCAAAUAUUCUCCUGGCCGGAAUUCAGAACGGCCACGGUACGCCAGCAGGCAUCGUUCAGCUCAGCACGUGUGCCCAGACCAGCACACAAGCAUUCGUCACAACAGGAAGGCCAUCCAUCGGAAUAGUACAGUGUAUUAGAUAUAUUGUGGAGAAUGAAGGUGUGUUGGCGUUGUUCAAGGGCCUGGGGCCAAACUUGGUGGGCGUGGCACCUUCAAGAGCCAUUUAUUUUGGCACCUACGCUCAGGCCAAGAAGUUCUUCAACAGACACAUGAAAUACGAGUCCAGUGCCGUCCACAUGAGCUCUGCGAUGUGUGCAGGUUUCACGGCCUGCACGCUCACCAACCCCAUUUGGUACGUCAAGACCAGACUGCAGCUGGACCAGAAGUAUGUCAACUCUACCUCGAACCAUACUAGACAGGCACAGAAAACGGGAGAGAACCUGACAGUGCGGGAUUGCGUGAGGAAAACCUACGGCAGGGAAGGUCUGCGUGGAUUUUACCGUGGAGUUACUGCGUCGUACGCGGGGAUCUCGGAGACUGUGAUUCACUUUGUGAUCUAUGAGCACAUCAAGCAGAUGAUAGCUCAGAACAGAUGUUGUGAUUGUGAAAAGACUUGGCAGGACUUUGUGGAGUUCAUGGGAGUAGCAGCUGUAUCCAAGUCACUGGCCACCUGCAUAGCUUAUCCUCAUGAGGUGGUGAGAACGAGAUUACGGCAGGAAGGCAAGAAGUACCACGGGUUCUUCCAGACAAUAGCGACGGUUGCACGCGAGGAAGGCUACCGCGCCCUGUACAGAGGACUGAAAACACAGCUGGUCCGACAGAUCCCGAACACUGCAACUAUGAUGGCUGUGUACGAGGUCGUCGUAUACCUCCUGGAGGGGUAACCGCCAACUGGCAAUACACAAACAGACAUUGCUGCUGAGGGAAUAGUUCUCAACACGGGAGCUAGCUAUGCAAUGCUGCAACAGAAGACGCAUGCAUGGAAAACUACAAAACCCCUUUCAGACUCUCAACAUGAGCACUACUAGAGGACAAUAGUUCACAAAGCUCUGAAAAUUGAAAUAGGUGAGGGGAGCAAUAGUUCAUUUGGAAAGCUCCACACAUCUCUGCAAUCACACAAGCACUGCAUGUACAGAUGUCAAAAGCAUUGUUUCUAUGUGAAGGGAGAACCUAGUGCCGUUGCCGUAUUUGUCAACUGUAGUGCCUGUAAACUCAGUGGAUGGAAAGCGUUGCUAUUAGAGGACAUUAGGUGUGCAAUUUGUACUUGAGCUGAGCCAUUCCCAACUCAGAAGUCAGCAGGGUUUAGCUGAAUGCUAGAUAGGGACCAUUUGGGAUGUGUAUAGAGCUAAGCUGUAUGGUAACUCAGAAAGAUGGUGUAUGGUACAUAUGUUGUAACUGACUACAGUUGACAUAAAGAUUCUCCAGCCUGAGUUUUGUACGAGACUGAGACUUAAGCCUGAGUUUUAUAAUGAGACUGAGAUUGAGACUUAACAAGUACUGUUGUGAAUUGGUCGUGAAUGGUACCAUAACAGAAAUUGAGAUGGUGGACCAGGGUAUGACAAACUUACUUCUGUCCGAGGACAGCCUAGUAUUGUAGUCGCACUUUGUGGUGCCAUGAUAUAUAUUAUAUAUCCAUAUACAUCUAUGUUGUAUAUCUAUGGAACACUGCAAACAUAGCCAUUAUUGAAUAGGCUAGACUUUCUAAAAGUGCCAAAGACUGACAUGCAGUAAAGGAAUGUCAGGGUCUUAUUCUGUAGUUUUGUAUGAACCAAGAGACAGGUUAUAUUAUUACUGCAAGACUCAAGAGCGAGCUCUUAAAAUCCUAAUUUGAGUUUUUUUUCUUCGAACAGUACUUAACCAAACUAGUGAAACAUUUUUGAAAUGUUAAACAUAGAGAUUGAGUACAAUUAACAGAAGCAGCGAAUUAUGAUUGAAAAGUUCCCUAAGUUUUAUCAGUGUUACCCCUAGAGGUCUUGGCAAAAAAAAGUUGCUUAACGAAGAAAAGUUGCGUUUUUCUUAGUUCUUGUACAUAGGUUGUUGAAUCAUGAAAAAUUGUAUAAUACUGUGAAUACAAAAUUAUGUUGCUUUUGUUGUUGAUGUCUCAGUAACUAAUAGAAGACUUUUUGUACUGCUGGGACAAUUUACCUUUUCCAGACAACUGAAAAGAUGAUGAAGGAAGACCCAAACAUUUCUAAAACAAAACGUCUUCUUUUUACUCUGGGAGACAUCUUCACAUGAGUUGUAAAAUCAUUCUGUACAGAGUUAUGUUACACCUUGUUUAUAUUGUACAUUAAAGUAUAUGUGCCAAGUCA